CGUAGAUGAUUUGUGUUGUGAGUCAUUUUACAGCUUCGAUCUUUAAUAAUAAGAUAUAAAUAAUUUUUUAAAAUUUAUAUAUAUAUAUGCAUUUCUAAAAGUUAGUUUGUAUAAUAUUGAUAUAAUCAUCAGAACUUUUUUGUUCAUGAAUCGAAAAUAUCUGUAAUAUAACAAAGAAGUUAAAAGUUAGUCAACGAUUGGUGUAUUUGACAAUCGUUUCUCGAUUUUAUUUUAAUUUUGAAUCGACUGAUAGUGAAUCUAAUUGACAAAUUGUCAAUAAUUACGACUCGCGAAUAUAAUAGAUUAAGAAAAAAGACGCAAUAUAGUGACGUAUUCGAUUUAAUAAAAAAUUGUAAACCGACAAGACGACCGGCAGUAAACUCUACUCGGAUCUUAAUUUCGCGGACCUGAAUUUUCGAUAAGGUGAUCGUCCUUUACGAAAUGGCCGACAAAAGCGAAUGGGAUUACUCUGUCCAAAAUGAUUCGAUUUACACGGUGUCAUGAUGGCACCAGGCUCACUGACCUAAGGCCAUUGUCUUCGAAUACAGGGCGUCCCAGUCGUGCCAAGGGACGGCGUUGCAUUCGCCAUGCUAGCACGGGACAGCAACCGGCUCAGUAGGACCAAGCACAUGGGUAUCGAAGUUUCCAAUGGCUGCAGGAUCGAGGCAGAGUCCUGUCAACAUCGAAACCGACAAAGUCGAAUCCGAUCACGAGGCUUUAAGUAGCAAACCUUUGCGCUGGAAGUAUCCAGCAACCGCAUCUCGGAAGCUCGUUAAUCCAGGUUACUGCUGGCGGAUGGACACUGAUGGCGAAGGCACAUUUUUAAGCGGUGGACCUUUAAUGGACGACGUGUAUAAACUGGAACAAUAUCACUGUCAUUGGGGAUGCAGUGACUCGAGAGGAUCCGAGCACACUGUGAAUGGACAAGCCUUCGCAGGAGAGUUGCAUCUGGUGCAUUGGAAUACAAGUAAAUACAACACAUUUGCCGAAGCUGCAAAAGCGUCCGAUGGUCUUGCUGUUCUUGGCGUAUUCUUGAAGGUGGGAAAGACGCAUGAGGAAAUGGAAAAGAUCGCUCGCCUCUUGCCUUAUGUCUCGCACAAAGGUGAAGUCGUAGAAAUUACGGAACCAAUCGAUCCCAGCAAACUUCUUCCUGAUGAUAAUGGCUAUUGGACGUAUCUGGGAUCGUUGACGACACCACCUUGCAACGAAAGCGUUACUUGGAUCCUCUUUAAGAAAUGCAUCGAGGUGUCUCAUCACCAAUUAAAUAUUUUCCGUAAUUUACGUAAAUUCUCCCGUGGUGAGGAGUGCCCCUGCCAUGAAAAUCAUGGAGCGGUAAUCAACAACUUCCGUCCACCGAUGCCGCUCGGAAAUCGCGUGUUGCGCGAGUGCGGCAGCUUCUGAGCCUGUUCCCUCACGAUGAUGCAUCGAGAUCAGUCGAUAUCUGGCGAAAAACGGCGGGAGAGAAGCGAAACGGCCGCCAUCAUGGUUGACCAUGGAGCGACCGUGAUGACCCCUCAAAGUAUGCUCGCGAGCCAUGCAUCGUCGUUCAACCUUCAUUCUGUAUCGUGGACCUUUCUCGCCGGGAUAACUAAGUGCCUUCUUUGUCUGUCGAGGAUUUCCGGAAUGGUGGUCGGAAGGAGGGAGAACGAAGGACGAGAAAAGAUUUUCUGCGGGAAGAGUGGUGGAUAGAGAAGCGUGUUUCUAUGGAUAUGUUCCUUGAGAAAUUUUAAUGUAUAAGAUCGAAUUUUAAGUAAGAUGUAUGAUCGAUUGUGAAUAGUUGAUAUAUGCUGUCCAUAUUUCGACGAGAUUUUUAAUUCAUUUUAAUCAAUAUAUGAUAAAUGUUACUUAUUAGAAAGAUAGAAGGAUUAUUAUUGUAUUAAAUAUUAUAGGUUGUUAAAUUUAAAUUGAAUUUUAAAUGAAUCGUAAGAACAAACUAUGAUAAGUAUGAUAGAAAUUAAUGGACAGCAAUAAAAUUAUACAAAAAGGCAAAAGAAUCGUAUAACGGAUGAAAUUUGAGAAUGAUUUCGAAGGCAUUAUGACAUAGUUCGAUGAAUAAGUUUAGAUAGUUAUACAUGCGUGUCUUAUAUGUACGAGUCCAAUAGAUAUAUUGAUAUUCUGUUGUUUGUUCACGAUUUCGAUGAUAAUCGCAAAAGAAUCAAAUAUGAGAGCCUCGAUUUCACCUCGAUUCUAAGUGCAAUUAAAACGUAGCUGAAAUAAGAGAAUUUUCGCUUGACUAUCAUAGAAUAGGGAAUAAAUUGGAGAAUUUUGCGACUGCUUGUUUUAACAAAUUAAAAAUAAGACGUGCCUAUAUAUAUAUAUAUAUAUUCAUUCAUACUAAUGCAGAACGUAUACACUCGAAUUAUAGACAAUUUUUGUCGAAAAUUUUUAAAUUGAAAUUUUUCAAAUAAUUUUUCAAAUUUACAAUAAAUUCUAGAGAAAAAUCCGUCCAUUAUUGGUCGAUUCUCGAUGGAACUAAAAAACAGAACAGAUGUUGUUUAAUUCUAUAUGAUAAUUAUAUGAUAUAAAUAAUUAUAUAUAUAAAUAUAUACUUAUACGUUUACACGUAUAUAAGAGUGUGACGUUCAUAAUCGAUGUUUGCAGUUUGAAUAGUUUGUAAAUUUUCACGAGGAUGUCGAGCGACAAACAUUGACCCUCCAUUGAUAGGGUAAAAUUUAAAUUGUUGUUGAAUUAUAAUUUGAGAAAUGCAUUAAUUUCUGAAGAAUUAUAAAA